AUGACCAAGGUAAACUUUUCCUUUCAAUCGAACCUUACUGUAGUUCAUUCGAUUCUGUUCGCAGACAUCCCAAUCACGGGCAAUGUGAAAAUCUACUCGUCCAAGGAGAUGAGAAAAGCCACAAGAAAUUUCUGCCCAGAAAACAAGCUCGGACAGGGUUCUUUCGGCCGUGUCUUCCUGGCCUGUGGCAUCAGAUUUGACUGGAGAACAAGGGUGAAGAUCUGCAUUGGUGUUGCUGAUGGGCUCACCUACCUUCACGAAGAAGUCCGUCCACCAAUCGUCCACCGUGACAUCAAAGCGAGCAAUAUUCUCCUUGACAGAAACCUGAGACCCAAGACAGAAGACUUUGGGCUGGCAAACUUCUUCCCAGGCAACAAGACACAUAUCAGCACCAGGGUUGCAGGGACGCUCUUUGGUGUACUGCUGCUGGAGAUUGUUAGUGGCAGAUGUCACACUGAUCCCAGAUUACCUUUUGACGAGCAGUUCCUCCUAGAAAAGGUCUGGACACUCACCGAGGAAGCACGCCAGUUGCUGAAAAUAGGUCUUUUGGUCGCCAAGAUGCUGAAGGGUGCGUGUGCUGUAAGUGACAAGAUCAUGAGGCCUGGCUUGAUCACAGACGUUAUGGACCUCAGAGUCAGGACAGUUGAGCAGGUUCAGUUCAGUUUAUGCCCAUCGAUGUCUCCUGCACUGAGCAGCUCACUGGUGUCCACACUUGCAUUAGCUUGUAGCACUGUUGUAGAGAGCCCCUGA